GUGAUGCCACAAGUGCAUAAUUAGUUGCCAAAUUGAAAUUAUAAAAUUGAGAAAAUAACAAAAGAAGAAAGUCAAUCUCAUCCCUAAACCCAAAGAUCCCUUUUUCCCGCUUCACCACCACUAUUUGCCUCACUUUCUUCUUCUUUCCCCACUUUCUCUCUCCUCUUUUCGCCGGAAAACCGCCGCAAUCGCCACACAACACCGCGCAACGCACUUCAUUGUUGCGAUUUGUAUGUUUUACCGUCGAAAGGUUUGUUUCUUUGAACCAGAAAUGUUGGAUGCAUGAGAAACACUGGUGAUUCGUGGCGAUAAUUAUUGUUUCAAUGGCAGACAGGAGCUCUUUUUCAAUGGGGAUGUACUGUUGGAAUUCUUUGUUUUAUUUGCUUUGUUUAACAACCAUCCUCUUCCUGCUAUCUUCCUUCUUUGUACUGCGGUUAUCAGGCCGUCCAAAUUUUGUAUUUCAGUCUAGUACAAAUACUAACACCAUAUCCGAUAAUCUCAAUGCUGGUAGAGGAUCUGCAGAAUUAUGUGAAAAGGUUAUAGCAGAGCGUGGUGUGAGUAAACGAGUUCUGAAGGUCUUCAUGUAUGAUUUGCCACCUGAGUUUCAUUUUGGACUUUUGGAUUGGAAACCUGAGGGAUCUAGUGUUUGGCCAGAUAUUCGAACACAUGUCCCAACGUAUCCUGGUGGAUUGAAUCUGCAACACAGUAUAGAGUAUUGGCUUACACUUGAUCUCCUCUUUUCGGAAUAUUCAGGCUCUUCAAAUUCCCGUAUUGCAAUGAGAGUACGGAACUCUAGUGAUGCAGAUGUGAUAUUUGUCCCCUUCUUCUCAUCUUUAUCCUAUAAUCGGUUUUCAAGGCUAAGGAAACAGGAAAGGAGCAGUUUUGACAAGCUUACACAAGAUAAGUUGGUCCAGUAUAUAGAAGCUCAGGAUGAAUGGAAAAGGUCGGGGGGUGUGGAUCACAUUAUUAUCGCUCACCAUCCAAAUAGUCUAUUAUAUGCGAGGAACCAACUUUGGCCUGCAAUGUUCAUACUCUCAGAUUUUGGGAGGUAUCCUCCAAAUAUAGCUAAUGUUCAGAAAGAUAUCAUAGCUCCUUACCGGCAUGUUAUCAAGUCAUUCCCUAAUGAUACAUCAACUUAUGAUAGUCGUCCAAUCUUACUGUUCUUCCAAGGUGCCAUUUACAGAAAAGAUGGUGGUGUUAUCAGGCAAGAAUUAUUCUAUCUAUUGAAAGAUGAAAAGGAUGUGCAUUUUACAUUUGGAAGUAUCCAACGCGGUGGUGUCAAUAAUGCUACACAAGGAAUGCACUCGUCUAAAUUCUGCCUCAACAUAGCAGGUGACACACCAUCAUCCAAUCGCCUAUUUGAUGCGAUUGCCAGCCACUGUGUCCCCGUCAUUAUAAGUGAUGAAAUCGAGCUUCCCUAUGAAGACAUAAUUGAUUACUCAGAGUUCUGCAUCUUUGUUCGUAAUUCUGAUGCAACGAGAGAGAAGUUUCUUAUGAAUCUAAUAAGGGGUAUUAGCAAGGAAGAAUGGACUCGCAUGUGGAGGAAACUGCAAGAAGUUGAGAAGUACUUUGAGUUCAGGUAUCCAUCAAGUGAUUAUGAUGCUGUCCAGAUGAUAUGGAAGUCCAUUGCACAUAAGGUGCCUGCAGUGAAAUUGAAAUUGAACCGACAUAGGCGGUAUUUUCGUACCACCAAUGUCAGUGCUAGUAGGGAACCUCCAGCUUUCGCAGUGCCUCAUAGUUUUUGGUAGAUUUGAUAUCAUCUUUGGAGGCUUGCAUACUUAAGGCCUGCCAAAAGUUGCCUAACCUAUGUGAGAAACUUACACUCAUAGAAAUUUUGGGACAUUAACUGUGAUCAUGUCAUCUCAAGACAGGAGGAGAGUUUAGUUUUGGCCCGAGGUUGUAGAGCAUCAUUUUUCACCUUCUGCAGCCAGUUGGGCGUUUUCGACGAACGAUUGUGCAUAGCUUUUUUUUUCUUUUUCGCCCUUUUCCCACGGCAUCAACCAUCAUUUGAAACUAUUUUGAACAGCCUAAAUAGGAACCACUACUGAAGUUGGACUGUUCAAAUUGAAUUGCUAGGAUUUUGGUGGUAAAGGAACAUAUGAAAUAUGAUUGAUUCAUUUAUUCA